AUGGACCAAAUGCCCCCUCCCUCAUCUCAAGUGCCCCCUCCCUCAUCCCAAAUGCCGCCGCCGUCAUCCCAAUCUCAUUUUGAGAAAUUCGACAACUUCGUUCCCGAUAGCAGCGCGUCUUUCGAAGACGAGUUUGCCCGCCUUGCAUCCUCCCAAGAUUGGGCUGAUGGGACUUCCGAGUUCCAAAAGCAACGCACGAUCGCCUUACGAUCCGAAUUGAAGCUACAUUACUUCUCCGCGUCGCAAAACAUCGAAGAAGGGCAGGAGGAUCUUGAAGAUCUCCCCCUCACCGAAGAGGCGAAGCUGGCUGGCUAUCAAGCCUUGUGUGAAGAAGUGGGCAUCCCCACACACAACACGAUCGAAGAAUGCCAAAAACACCUCAAGAAAACGCUUGUAAACAUCGUCGACUUAAUCGAUACCCGAAGAACAGGCAAGAGGGUGAAAGUCUGGACCGAUUUCGACGAGUUUCGAAAAUACACACUCAAACGAUCGAUUAAUACAGAAGAGGCGAAGAAAGAUGGUGAGGAAAUUCCUCCAGAGUAG